CCGCGUCUCCCCGCCAUUAAAGGCUCCACGUGACUCUGUCGCCUGUCUUGCCGAGUUGCGACCUGUACCGACGUUGAGAGUCGUAGGAAGGACUCCGGGGACCCAGGAAACCUAGAAAUGGGAAUGGUCCCUGGUGGCCCUGCCUCAGCCUCUGUCCCGCUGUGACUUGCCCUGGCCGUGGGGGUCGUAGGAAGGACUCAGGGGACCCAGGAGCCCUAGAAAUGGACUCAGUGACCAUUGAGGAUGUGGCUGUGAACUUCACCCCAGAGGAGUGGGCUUUACUGGAUUCUUCACAGAAGAGACUCUACAGAGAUGUGAUGUGGGAAACGUUCAGGAUCCUGGCCUCGAUAGGAAGAACAUGGAAAGAUCAUGGUGUUGAAGAUCAGUACAAAAACCAGGGGCAAAAACUAAGAAGUCAUAUUGUAGACAGACUCUGUGAAAGUGAAGAGGGUAGUCGAUGUGGAGAAAACUUCAGCCUUAUUCCAAAUCUCAGUCUAUACAAGGAAAUUACAGGAGCUAAACCAUGGGAAUGCAGUGCAUGUGAAAAAGUCUCCAUGCACGAUUCAUCCCUUACAAGAUACAUUGGAUGUCAUACAGAACACAAACCAUAUGAGUAUCAAAAACAUGGACAGAAGCCAUACAAAUGUAAAGAAUGUGAAAAAGCCUUCCCUUUUCCCAGUUUUCUUCAAAUACAUGAAAGAACUCAUACUGGAAUGAAACCCUAUGAAUGUCAAAAAUGCAGUAAAGCCUUCACUUCUUCCAGCUCUCUUCGGGUACAUGAAAGAAUUCAUAGUGGGGUGAAACCCUAUGUAUGUAACAUAUGUGGUAAAGCCUUCAUUUUUUCCAGUAAGGUUAAAGAACAUGAAAGAACUCAUACUGGAGAGAAACCCUAUAAAUGUAAAAAAUGCAGUAAAGCAUUCACUUAUUCCAGUUCUCUUCAAAGACAUGAAAGAUUUCACACUGGAGAGAAGCUCUAUGAAUGUAAGGAAUGUGGCAAAGCCUUUAUGCAUCCCUCGAGCCUUCGAUCACACAUGGUCUAUCACACUGGAGAUGGACCCCAUAAGUGUAAGGAAUGUGAGAAAAUAUUCAUUUCUUCCACUGCAGUUCAAAUACAUGAAAGGACUCAUACUGGAGAGAAACCCUAUGAAUGUAAAGAAUGCAGUAGAACCUUCAGUUGUACCAGUUCUCUUAGAAAACAUGAAAGAACUCAUACUGGAGAGAAACCCUACAAAUGUAAAAUAUGUGGUAAAGCCUUCAGGUUUUCCAGUAAUGUUCAUGUACAUGAAAGAGCUCAUACUGGAGAGAAAUCCUAUGAAUGUAAAAAAUGCAGUAAAGCAUUCACUUCUUCCAGUUCUCUUCAAAUACAUGAAAUAAUUCAUACUGGAAAGAAACCAUAUGAAUGUGAAAAAUGCAGUAAAUCAUACGUUUAUUCCAGUUCUCUUCGAGUACAUGAAAGAAUUCAUACUGGAGGGAAACCCUAUGAACGUAAGGAAUGUGGGAAAGCCUUUACAGAUCCCUCAAGCCUUCAGUCACACACAAUCUUUCACACCGGUGAUGGACCUUAUACAUGGAAGGAAUGUGAGAAAGUAAUCUUUUCUCCCAUUGCAUUACAAAUACAUGAAAGGAGUCACACUGGAGAGAAUCCAUAUGAAUGUAAAGAAUGCAGUAAAGCCUCCAGUUGCAGCAGUUCUCUUCAACAACAUGAAAGAACUCAUGCUGGAGAGAAUCCCUAUGAAUAUAAAAUAUGUGGUCAAGCCUUCAGGUCUUUCAGUCAUGUUCAUGUACAUGAAAGGACUCACACUGGAGAGAAACCAUAUGAAUGGGAAAAAUGCGGUAAAGCAUUCACUUCUCUCGGAUCACUUCAAAGACAUCAUAAUUCUCACCAGAGGGAAACACUAUAUCAGGAAAAUGGGAAAACCUUUAUUUCUCAUGAAAACUUUCAAGGAUAUUGAAGAGUGUUGACUAGAAGAAAAACCACGUAAAUGUGAAGAAUGUGGGAAAGCCUUCAGUUCACAUCUAGUUUUCCAAAUACAUAAAGGAAAUCUUACUGGACAGAAAAUGUAUUAAUGGAAAAAUUACAGUAAACCGUUUAGUUUGCCAGUUCUCUUCAAAGGUAUGAGAGAACUCACACUGGAGAGAAAUCCUAUGAAUGUCAAAACUGGGAAAGCCUUUCUUUGUCAGGCAAACUUUGAGGGUAUGGGAGAAUGCACACUAGUGGAAAAGUCAUGUAACUCUAAAUGUGGGAAAGCCUUUUUUUUUUGUUUUCUGCUUUUUCUCCCCAAGAUCCCCCCAGUAUGUGGUUGUAUAUUUUAGUUGUGGGUCCUUCUAGUUGUGGCAUUUGGGACACUGCCUCAAC